AUGAAGUUCCACACUUUCAAGGGACUCUUGUGUCUCCUCUUCACCACGACAGGAACCUUCGGCUCUCCAUUGAGCGGUGUCACCACUACCAAGCUCGGUCAAUUGGCAGCAUGGAUCUCCCAGAAAACUCCAAUGGGAGCGGACCUUACCAGCAGAGAUGCGACAUUGGAGUUCACUUGGAAUGAUCAGCAGAACAUACUGUACCAGCUUCUGUUCCCAUUCGCUGAGAGGGCUUCUCUCCAGCCUCUGGAGAACAGCGUUGACGCAUCGAGUCGCACUCUCUCCGACUGGGACAGCUACCUUGCUCUUCAAGGAGUUGCUGACGCUUCUGUCCAGAAAGUUGUAUUUGCCGGUCGCUUUCCUUUCGACGAGCGAUGCGACGAUUUCUGUUUUGCUGAACAUGUCAACGUCCAAGGCCAAAAGACGGUCCUGAACGCCUACCUUCAGGCCUUGCUUAUCAGUCUGGGCUCUGACUUUGCCAAGGGGACAUACGAUACCAAGACUGGUCAGGAAAUAGCGCUUCUGGCCACCAUGAGGGAUAACUCGAAGAUUGAUAGGGCAAGAAUGGAAGCCGCAAUCGACAAAGCUUCGAAAGAAAAUGCUCGGCUAAAAAGAAUUCGGGAUGCGAGCGAUACCCCCGUUGCUGGCUCUGGAGUCUUUCUGGAAUCGGUUUUCCGCGAUGGCAUGUGUAUCAGCCAUGAAUAUCUAUGUGCUAUGCAUCCCGCAAAAUUACAGAAGACUGCCAUCUUCUACCGCGCGUUGAGCGAGGUACUCGAAGAACACAACUUCUUGAGGUUAGCGCUUUCUCGGAGCAUGAAUGGCAGCCAAAACGUCCGUGGUGACAUAUGGCAAGGUAUCCAGAUUGAAAAGUCCUUGCCACAGGAUUGGAAAUCUAUUGCAGAUCAUGAAGUCGCAAAUUUCGUGGAGGAAACUCAAGCACUGGCAGCAACGGCAGACGAACUCGAUCCUGACACUGAAGGCAUGUACUACACAGAGCAUUACAAUGGACAAGGACGUAUCCAACACCCGACAUUGCUUCCGGACUCAAAUCGAACGGCAUCCAUGACUCCAGGCCUUAGAGCUCAAGGUUAUCGCCAGUUCUGGUCACCCACUCACGGUCUGCGUUUAUCUCGUCAGCCGCAACCGGGAAUGUUACAAUUGACGAGCUCUGGGCAGUGGGCUGGUUUUGUCACUUCAAAACAAAAACAAGCUAAGAGGGGCUUCGUCGAUACAAAGACCGUUCAGCCCACACUCUCCAGUUUUGCAACAGUGGUUAGACCUACGAAUUACGACUCGAUGGCAGAAUCGCGCGCAAGCAUGGUUGUCAAAGCGCGCGCAGACGCGGGCAUCCCAAAUGCAGGCCCUCAUAAACACUGGCAAUUGGACACGAGACCGGGCAUGUUUCAUCCUUUGGAUGGACCAGCGGCGCCAGGAGACGGUUACGGGUUCCGGGACAACAGAGUGAGCGGAUCUGACGGCUCUGCAGUGCAAGCACGGAGGGACCUUGGAACAGACGUCGCCAAAAGCUCGGCUGGCACUUCUGUGGACAGUGCGGGCAACCCUGUCUUGCGUACACAACCCGUGGAGGGAGCAGCCGCUCAUGGCGUCAAAGAUCCCAUCACGCUGGACACGGUUACGACGCCGGUUGCGGACUCUACUAAACUGCAGAUUCACAAUGUCAAACCAGAGGUCCCGCCAUCUGAGCAAGAAACCACACCAUCUCCGCCGAAGGAGGACGUUUCUCCAAAGCCUGAAGGGAGUCCAAAGGAGCCGCCAAAAGACCCAAGUCCCGGGGACCCAACGCCAGGAAAGCUUGAUCCUGCUACUCCACCGAAAGAAGGACCCAUCGAGGAGCCGCCAAAAGUCCCAAGUCCCGAGGACCCCAAGCUAGGCAAUGUUGAACCUGCCACUCCACCGAAACAAGGACCGAUCGAGGAGCCGCCAAAAGUCCCAAGUCCCGAGGACCCCAAGCCAGGCAAUGUUGAACCUGCCACUCCACCGAAACAAGGACCGAUCGAGGAGCCGCCUUCAAAUGCCCCGCCGCAACCAAUAGACCCUGACAAUGAUUGGCCUCCACCAGCGCCAAAGCAGGAUGGUGCUCCACCAACUGAUAAUGUCGAACCGCAGAGCGAUCCGAAGACUCCCGGCAAGCCUGAUGAACCUGGGGUCAAGCCGCGUCCCAAGCCGUGGGAGCCUCAAGCCCCAAUCAGGCCACCAACAGUUCCCGAUCCGAUUCCUCCUCCACCUCCUCCUCCUCCCGCCCCAGGAGGCCAACCGCCAGCCGGUCCUGAACAGAUUCCGCGGCCACCGCCUCCUCCUCCUCCUCCAGCAGUCGACCCCCCAGCCGCUGACCUCAUGCCGCUAGCAAAGAUCGAGCCAGCCGAGCUGGUUGCACCCGUACAUCCAGGACCAGUCGUCGAAGGAGAAGCACUCAUUCCCAAACCCUUCGUCGUCGAGGAGCUCCAAGCCGCUGUCAGGCCAGUAUCUCGCAUCAUAAAAAUCGAAGACGCAGCAGCGGUCGCGGUUAGAGCCGGAAUAAUCACGGCCGUAGACUCGGUGGCAUGGUUGAGCAGAGGCGCGCUCGCGAUCGCAGCUGUUGUCGAGCCGUGGCUCGGCAUCGUGGCGAUGGGCGUACUCGUCGGUCAGACCAUCUACGAUGCUGUCGAGUACCUGAAAGACGAGCCGCAUUGCCCUCGGCCGUCGUUCUUCACUUCCAUCUGGGACAGCACGGCAAAGACGAUGAGGACUCUGCAGCAGCCGUGCGAAACUCCUGAAAGCUCGAGCGGCACUCUGCACGCACGCACGCCUACUAUAACGACUAUCCCCGCACAGUUCACAGCCUCAUCCGCCCUUCCAGCACAAAAGCGCGAACCCAACACCGCCGUCCACCUUAUGACCGCAGCAGCUGUGACCGCCCAAAAGCACCACCCGUCGACAGCAACGUCCCUCCCGAUCUGGCACCCCACUCUCCUCAUCCCCGGCAUGCCCGAAUCCCCUGCAUCGACCUGCAUCUCCCCCACCAAGGCUCCCAGUCAGAUCAAUACGCAAGCGCAACGAGGCAGAGAAAGAGAAGCUCAAGCUGACGAGGAGGUACGCAAGCGCAACGAGGCAGAGCAGGAGAAGCUCAAGACGACGAGCAAACAACCCGCGGCGCAGAGCAGGAGAAGCUCAGAACGACGAGGAGGUACGCAAGCGCAAGGAGGCAGAGCAGGAGAAGCUCAAGACGACGAGCAAGACACCCACGAUCUAGCAGCAGGAGACGGUGUACUUGCCGCCGCAGGAGAAGCUUAA